AUGGAGGGCUUCGACACCAUGGCCAUGCCGCCGUAUCUGGCCAGCCCGCUAUCCCUCGGUAACCUGCAGGGCACCGACUAUCUCAAUGCCAUGCCAGGCCUGGAUCUCCCCGAUCACCGCUCCAACUUUGAUUCCGAGACUUUUGUCAGCGAUGACCUCGGCUUUACACAGAAUGGCUUGCCAGCCUCGUUGAAGCGCUUCCCCUCGGGCUAUGAUGACCCAUUCACCGACAUGGUCGCCCCAUUCGACCCGGUGCCCCCAGAGCAGGCCCAGGACUCGUCGAUCGAUCACAACAAUAAGCUGCUGAGCUUCUCCCUUCCGGUCUACCACUUCACCUUGCUGGACUACUCCAUGCGCCGCACGUCGCUCUCGGUCUCGGCCCAGCUACAUGGCAUGUUCUUCCUGGCCGAGUCCCCUUACACCACCUCCCCAUCCGAGAACGCCCCGCCGCAACAAGGCGCCGAGUUGACUUGCUACCGCCGCAACCUCUUCCAGAUCACCGGUUCCGUCACGUUACCCCGCGGCAUGCGCUACAUCAUGACCGAUCAGGGCGACCGCAUCCCCAUUCUCGCUCAGGAACUGACCGUGUCUGCGACGGAGUCCGUGGAAGGAAAUCCCGUGAAGAUCAUCUCUGUACCAUGGAAGACUCCCUCCGCGGCGGCCGCCAACUCGGGCACCGCCCUUGACGACAGCACUACGGGCAGUGCAGCCAAGGUGGAGAAGGAGCCCCCGCCAAUCCCGCUGGAUAUCAUGGCCGGCCAGGACUUGGACACCGACUAUGCCACCUUCCCGAUCGCAUGGAAACGAUUGCAGUUCCGUGUUGCGACUGCUAACAACGGGCGCCGCAAGGAACUGCAACAGCAUUUCGUCGUCCGGCUCAAGGUGGUCGCGACCUUGUCCACAGGAGCCAAGAUCUCCAUUUCCGAGGUGCAGUCGGGUCCUGUCAUUCGCCGCGGCAUCUCGAAAGAACCAGGCCAACUCGGCGGCUGCGCUCAACCGCACCCCGACCAGCGAGUCGGUUCCCCGUCGCGCCAGCGUCACCCCGGCGAAAAACAAGGGCCCCUCCGGCACGGUCCAGAGCAGUUCCCCCGAGACCACCUCCGUCCCACCCCCACGAUGAUGCAACAACCACAUGCCCCCCCCGACUGGACUCCCAUCCCGCAAUCGACCAGCAAUGCCGUCAUGUCCCACGCCCACCAUCAGUCCCUCUUCCCUCACUCUAGCCCAGAGCAACUUUCCCAGGCCGCCGACUCGCAGCGCCGCAUCAGCAACACGGCGGCAGCAGCGGCGCCGAUUAAUCUGUCUCUGCUGGAUGACCAAGAUGGCAGCCAUGAUGCCGGCCUUCACAUGGACCAGAAGAUCAUGCCGCCCUAUCCGACCGAGAUGCCCCAGCAACGGUCCAUCAGCAUGGAUCAAUCCGCCCAACCUCCGGCCAAAAUGCGCAAGCUAUCCCACGGCGUCUCGCAGACCCCCUCCCGAAGUGUCACCUCGUCCUCCUUGCCGCUCCUCGAGACUGCCAAUCUGCCCCAGCAGUUCGUGUCCUCGCUGCCCUUCCCCAAUGAGAGCACCGACUUCCUCUACGAAUACUUCCCCCUCGGCCUGGAUGACUGGCAAGCACCGGUCGAUGCCGUCUACCGGCCCCAUGUCGUCCACCACACCAACAUACCCGAGAUGAAGUUCGUGGCUGGCUCCAGGGGCCGCAGCAAACGCUACUUCGCCGCCGAGGACGUCUUCUAA